CAGCCAUGGCCCUGGCUCACGUGUCUCUCUGGGCCAUCUGCGUGCUGCGCGUGGCGUUGGCCACUAUUUUCUUCCAAGAGGAGUUUCUAGACGGAGAGCGCUGGAGGAACCGCUGGGUGCAGUCUACCAAUGACUCCCAGUUCGGACAGUUCAGAGUCUCGUCAGGAAAGUUCUAUGGGCAUAAAGAGAAAGACAAAGGCCUGCAGACGACCCAGAACAGCCGAUUCUAUGCCAUCUCAGCUCGCUUCAAGCCAUUCAGCAACAAAGGGAAGAGCCUGGUAAUCCAGUACACGGUGAAGCAUGAGCAGAAGAUGGACUGCGGUGGUGGCUACAUCAAGGUGUUCCCCUCUGACCUAGAUCAGAAGAAUAUGAAUGGAAAGUCUCAGUACUACAUCAUGUUUGGACCUGAUAUUUGUGGAUUUGAUGUUAAGAAAGUUCAUGUCAUCUUAUAUUUCAAGAAUCAGUAUCAUGCAAACAAGAAGCCAAUCAGAUGCAAGGUUGAUGGCUUCACGCACCUCUACACCCUGAUCUUAAGGCCAGAUCUUUCUUAUGAGGUAAAAGUUGACGGCCAAUCCAUUGAAUCCGGCAGCAUUGAAUAUGACUGGAACCUGACAUCACUGAAGAAUAUGGAAAAGACACCCUCAGAGUCCAGGGACUGGGAUCAGGUGGAAGACAGCAAAGCCCAGGACUGGGAAAAGCACUUUCUGGAUGCAGGCUCUAGCAAGCCGAGCGACUGGAACAGUGAGCUGGAUGGGGACUGGCUGCAGAAGCCACCAUAUGAGGAUGGCCUGAAAGCCGAGGGCAUCGACAGAGAUGUGUGGCUCCACCAGAAGAUGAGGCCUGCCAGCUACCUGACGCAGUAUGAUCUCUCAGAGUUUGAGAACAUCGGUGCCAUUGGUCUGGAGCUGUGGCAGGUGAGAUCUGGAACCAUCUUUGAUAAUUUCCUGAUCACAGACGAUGAAGAAUAUGCAGAGAAGUUUGGCAAGGCCACUUGGGGGGAAACUAAGGGUCCAGAAAAAGAGAUGGAUGCCAUACAGGCCAAGGAAGAAGUGAAAAAAGCCCGUGAGGAAGAUGAGGAGCUGCUGAUAGGGAAGUUUCACAGGCACAACCAUUUCAGCAGAUUCCACAGGCAGGGUGAGCUGUAGUCAUCCCCACUCUGCAUGGCAAUGACUGGCCCAGCCUCCACCCUACUUUAAUAUACAUAUGAAUGAUCACAUGACUGCCUGGUCAUUUGUCCAUGAGAGACCAAGGGAUUAAAAAUCUGUGGCUAUUAUUUUAAAGUUUAAAGCACAAGCCUGAACUAAGGCCAGCCAAGUGGAGACAUGUCCAGCCACCUUCAGGGAAGAACUAGUCUCAAUGCCCUGAGGGGAAAAACUGGCUUUACUGUAUUCUUUCCUGCCCUCUAGAGAUACAGUUACUAGGAAACCAGCCCAUCCCCCUAGGGAGAGACAUCAGACCAUUAAUGUUUUGGGAGCCUUCCUAUAGCCAAUCAGUUCAAAAUGCAACAUCCCCUUUUGUGUUUCGACCAAUAGAUGCUUGCCAGGCAGGAAUCCCCCUGGGCAUGCUGGGAGGGACCAGACUCUUUAAAUCACCCAACUAACCUGAGCAUGAGGCUCCCGGCUCACUCACCACUUGUGUGUGAGCCCAAGCUGCAGCUUGUAAUAAAAAGAUCCUCAUGUGUUUUACAACAGACUCAACUCCUGGUGGUGGUCUUUUGGGAGCUCGUGUGUUUCAGGCAUAACAUCCAGUUUCUGAAAAACAGUCCCGUGUUUGUGAUAUAGUUUCCCAAUAUCCUUCCUUGUUGGGGAUGGUCUUGUGCACUGUAUAUUCAGAUGCUGAUUUCUCCAGUCACAAUGUUGUGUAAAAACUGUUCUCCAUCAUCUCUGAUUGGUUAAUAAAGAAAGUGAUCAGUCUAUCAGUCUAUAGCUGGGUGAGAGAGCACCAGAGGACAGGGGACAGGACUUCUGAGGCCAGUCAGAGAUUCUCAGGGGUCCCUACCAGAAAAAAAAUAAAAGAAGAUGAAAUAGGAGGAGGAAGAGGAAAGAGGAGAAGGAAGAGCAACAGGAGGAAAUGUUGGUGGUCACCCAGAGCCUUGAGGACAAAAAAAUGGAGCAGAAGCA